AUGACGAAGUUCAACUUAGCAAAGCUGAGAAAAGUGCUUGGUGCGCCUCAGAAGCAUGUGAAACGUCACAAUAAAAAGCUAGAAAAAAUAGUUAGGGGAAAGAAACGUGAAAGUCGAAAAGAUAGUCUCGACUCAUUAAUAAAUGCAUCAAUGUUCCGGUUUUUGAAUGAAAAGCUGUACAACUGUUCCAGUAAGGAAGCAGCAACUUUAUUCAAGGAAGAUCCUGGAGCAUUUGGCAUAUACCAUGAGGGGUACAAACAACAGUUGUCACAGUGGCCUCAAGAUCCUCUCAUAUGGGUCAAAGACGAAAUAAUGAAGCAGACUUCAGGUUCCAAUAAAAGAUUGAAAAUAGCAGAUCUUGGCUGUGGUGAUGCUCGGCUAAGUCAUAUGCUUCCCAAUGAGCAUAAGGUCUACUCAUUUGAUCUAGUCUCUGUCAACGAACGUGUCACCGCUUGUGAUAUGGCUCACACACCCCUUAAGACGAAUGAAGUUGAUUUCGCAGUAUUUUGCUUAUCUUUGAUGGGAACUAAUUGUUCGGAAUUUCUGUAUGAAGCCAAUCGAAUUCUUAAGUCUGAAGGUGUGCUGGUGAUCGUAGAUGUGGCGAGUCGAUUCGAUGGCAAAUUCAAUGAUUUUUUGAAAAAGCUCAAGCGUUAUGGAUUCUCUAAACAAUUUUCAGAGACAACAAAUGAUACAUACUUUGUCCGAGCUCUCCUUCGUAAAGUAUCUUCUUGUACUUCCGAGCCCGUAGAAAGUUUACCUAAGCUAAUCUUGAAGCCUUGUUUAUAUAAGAAGAGAUGA